ACUGCGGUAUUUAUCGACAAGAGGCAUACGACGCCAACAAUUUAUUUUCUCGCAGUAAUUGUGACUGCGAUUCACACUGCGAACUAUUGCCUCAUAAGUGGUUCAAGGCCUGCUGGUCAAAGAAGUGUGGAUGAAUCUGUAUUCGACGCCAUAUUGCGUAUCUGUCGCUGAAUUACUUGCUUUUGGCCGUCGAUGCGCAUACGUGUUGUCACGUCUGACACAACAGUGACUUUACGAGAGCUAUCACGACUUACAACCUCUCGGGUGAAAAUUCGAGAUCCAGACUUCGGUCACGCAUUUGGCACCGCGUGCAGUUUACCCUUGGUGAGUUGUUAAUGUCUGGUGACGGAUCGCAAGAAAGAGAGAGGAGGGCACAGAGAUGCUCGGACAACGUGUUCCAAGGUAUCUACAAUACCUUGGCUCCGUCGUUCGGCAUCGCGCAAAUGACAGGAGAAUACGGACAAGAGCGUUUCGCGGAAGAUGAUGGCUUUACCCGAGCGAGGGAAGGUAGCGGUGGCGUCGGCAAAAUGUUCGGUCAGUGCGGACCAACUGACGACCAGCCCAGCUUUCACGGCGAGACGACAGAAGACCAUUCAGCACCUCUAUUGCCGAGCAGACAAAGAGAAGCUCCGAAUCCGUCCGGAUAUUCGGCGGAUUCAUAUUCUUCUCGCGAGCUGUUCAACAAUGCAGCGAGUCAGUAUAGGUUCAUUUCCCCCUACCCUGGGUCGGCCCAAGCGCCCGUGAACUCGUCCGCUCAGUCUCAGGAGGUCCCUCAUAAGCCUCAAUUUGACGGUAGAACCGCAAACCUGCUUCCUGCCUCCGGUCACGGCUUGCCCAGCGCGAAGCCGCUCUUGGUCCGGCGCCCGAAUUACGUUGCCCGGUCGCCGGUGCUCGAUCCCUCGCUCCUCCCGAGGGGCCAGUUGGACCCGAACUCGUACAUCACGAGCGGCGCCGCCAAGCUACCCCUGUUGUCGUUGGAAGCCCCGUGCGCCAAGCCCAGAGUUGCUCGGAGACCGCUUUCCAUUAUUUCGACGCGCGAGAUGUUCGUGCUGUCGAUGAGCGAGCCGUCUGGGGUCAAGCCGGUGUUGAUAGAGCGCAAGAACGCGUACCCGGGCGCGUACACCAGAGUUGACGCCGUCCCAGCCGUGAGCAAUCCGAUUGCGGUCUACCAAGCGUUCGGCGUGCUGGGAAUCAUCGCGUUGGCCAACGAGAUCGGCGAGAUAGAGAACUACUUGAUUUUGGUCACUGGCGUCGAGGCGGUCGGGCUUUUGUGCGGCCUGCCUAUCUAUCGAAUCAAGCAGACUGAAUUUAUUACGUUUCACUCGCAAAAUGAGUCUGAGUAUGCAAGAUUGCCUAAACCGCCUUCUAGCGCGAUGAGGGCCUUCUGCGAGUCUGGGCUGUUUUACUGGUCACCUGACUACCACCUGACGCACACUCAACAGCGCCUGGCCGCCGUUCUCGCAGAGCAGCGUGAGAAGGCGCCGAUGUGGAAGACCGCGGAUCGGCGUUUUUUUUGGAACCGGUUUUUGAUACGCUCGUUCAUCAACAAGCAGAUGCACGAGUACGUGAUGGUGGUCAUUCGCGGACACGUCAGCAUUUGUCUCCAGGAGAUCAUCGUCAGCCGGGAGGCGGGCUUGGGGUCCUCGGGGCCGUGCACGUACCUGAUGGCGCUCAUUUCGCGGAUUAGCUGCAGGCGGGCCGGGACGCGCUACAACGUGCGCGGCAUCGACGACAACGGUCACGUGGGCAAUUUUGUUGAGACGGAGCAAAUCCUGGUGGCCGAUGGGCGAACCAUGAGCUUCGUUCAAGUUCGCGGCUCGGUGCCGCUGUUCUGGGAAGAGUCUUUGUCCAAGACGGGCUACGUGCUGUUCUUGUCCAGGGCGCCCGAGUCGAGCGCAAUCGCGUUUGAGAAGCACUUGAAUGAGCUGCUGAAGCUGUAUUAUCGCGUGCAUCUGAUCAACUUGCUGUCCAAGCGCAAAAAGGAGCAGUUGAUUUCCGAGGCCUACGAAGACCAGUUGCUUCGGUGGAAAGGGCCGAGCCACUCGCUGGUUCGAUACACCUAUUUCAAUUUUCACGCGGAAUGCAGCAAGAACUACUCUAAAAUUUUGAACCUGCUGCAAAUCAAGGAGGUCUCGGAGGACCUGCAGACGUUCGGGUACUUUUGUCGCGAUUCGUCCCAGCUGAACCCAAGCAAGUACCAGCUGGGCAUCUUCAGAACCAAUUGUCUGGACUGCCUGGACCGAACUAACGUCACUCAGGCGGCGUUCACCAGGGCCAUUCUGCACAGGCAGCUACAGGACAUCGGGACUCCCUACUUUCCGGUGAACAUAAACGGCCUGAUUGCCAAGCUCAAUGAAAUGUGGGCCGACAACGGAGACGCCAUCUCGAAGGCGUACACGGGGACCGGCGCCAUGAAGUCCAGUUACACCAGGAAGGGCCGACACACGCUGGCGGGCCUGAUCGACGACGGGCUGAAGUCGGUGACGAGGUUCUAUAUCAACACAUUCAAGGACAACGACAACCAGGUUUCGAUCGACCUGUUCCUGGGGAAGAUCGAAGAGCUGGCGGAGAACGAGCAGGCGCCUAUCGAGGAUUUGUGGGUGAGAGAGAGGAGACUGGACCGAAUGGACGAGUACGUUCGGCGCUUCCAGCACAAGCUCUUCAUCGUGACCUACAACUGCAAUGCGCGCAUCCCGGACUUCUUCGGUGACUCGGAUCAGCUGAACCGAAUGCUGGACCCCGUCGUGUGUUCCCUCGAGGACGUCUCGAUCUGGGUACUCGGGUUCCAAGAAAUUGUCGAGCUGAGCGCCCAGCAGAUGCUGUGGAACAACCGAUCGGACACCUUGAAGUGGGAGGCGAUGUUGACGAAUCACUUGAACCAUCUUCGGCCGAAGUCCAAGGUGGUCUUGUUGCGCUCCGUUCAAUUGGUCGGGAUUCACCUUUGCGUCUUCGUGUCGAGUGACCAACUGGCUUACUUCUCCGAGGCCCACGCGCAAACUGUCAAGGUUGGCCUGAAGGGCGUGGCGGGAAACAAGGGUGCUGCCUGCCUGUCAUUCUCGUUUCACGACACGACGUUCUGUUUCGUCUGCGCUCACUUGACAGCUGGUCAGAAGGAGUACAACGACCGAGUUUCGGACUACCACACGAUCAACACAGAGCUCAAGUUUGGCAUCAACAAGGCGCACGGCCGGAGCAUCGCAGACUACGACAACGUUUUUUGGCUCGGCGACCUCAAUUGGCGCAUCGACUUGCCCUACGCUGAGGUCAUGAGGCACAUCCAGGCGCAGAAUUGGCCCCUCUUGUAUGAGUACGACCAGCUCUACCGGGCUCGACGCGAGGAGGUCGCGUUCGCCGAUUUAGAAGAGACGCCAAUCAACUGGGCCCCGACCUACAAAUACGACCCGGUCACCAAGGCGUACGAUACCUCCGAGCCGCGACGCACCCCAGCGUGGACGGACCGCAUUCUGUGGCGUGCGACCGGCCCCCAAUCGACCAAGAACCUGCUCUAUACGCGCUCCGAGCUCCUGCAGAGCGAUCACUGCCCCGUCAAAGGUCUGUUUUUGGUCGAGGUCAAGUCGAUCGAUAAGAAGAAGUACACGGAGAUCAAGAAUCAGCUGUUCCGAGAGGCCGCCGAUCGAGACGCGAGCGUACUUCGCGCUGAAAUCAACAGUAUGAGGUUAAAGAGGAGGCUGGAAACGCAGACGCCCACAGGCCUGUUCUUCGCUGAACGACCAGAGGGCGUGGCAACUGGCUGCAGUUCGGCACUCGAUGACAAGUCGCGACUUUUCGGAAAAGACGACGCGAACCGACACCAGUCUGAUCUCGGAGUGACCGGUUCACACACCGAGUUGGACGCUCGGUCGCGGUCAGAUCAAGACGUGCUUUCCCAUCUCGCGUAUCAGGCGCCACCGUCAAUGAGUCUGGAUAGAAUGACGAGUUCUAGAAGAACCACCUUGCCCGAGCAGGUUGACCGCCACUCGGACCGACCGCACAGCCCUCCUCCGAUGGGUGAUGAAGUCGAGCUUACCCCGAGCCAGCUGUUUUCGGCUCUGGCUUCCGUGAGCUCGCUGCCGAUGCCGAGAAGCCACGCAUCGCAACAAGAGAUAGCAAAUAGCCGAACGCUCGGCGAAUCGAGCUCCUCGUUCAGUGCGUCACUAUCCAACCAGGAACCGAACCAGACGCAUCGACCUUCGCACCAAAACUCCACCGAGCCCGGUCAGGCCGUCCCUCCGCUCCCCUCGAAGGACCCGCGCUUGUCCGCAAACCUCCGCAGGUUCGCCAACACCGCCGAUUAACCAAAAAUGCAGUGUUUCUGAAUGGCAUCCAGAACGGCAUUUGUGUGGGACAGAAAUGCGCUCUUUUUUUUUGUGUCUGGCUCUUGAGAGAGUAUCUUCGGCGCCAAACGAGAAAACAACUUUUUUUCCCACGGCUCUCGUUGGCGCAGCGCUCGACUGCUCGCAACCCUUUUGAGCCGCCGCCACACCCCCGCAAAGCGAGCAAGCGCGCUUCGAAAAGAAAAACCACCUGAGCUCGCGUUGAAAACCGUCAAGAAAAAAAAAAUCAAACUGGCCCUCGACCUCGAGAAGAGAGACAAAUGGCCCUCGAAAAAGAAAGGGGUGGUCUCAAUUCGCCUCCUCUCUCGGGUGACGACGUGAAGUCUCUUGUACAUGUAACCUGCUGAAUGGUACGCCGAAGGGGGGGAUGGCAGCCAUCCUGGAAAGAAACGCAUAUUCAGGGCGCGGGGCCCCAACUCGUCGUUAUAUGUGUGUACAAAAAUUACGUUCUUUCACCCCAGCUAUGUAUACAUAUAUAUUAUACAUAAUAGAGCAACUACCACAAGAGAAAAACUAAA